GGACAAAUAAGGAGUUAAAGGGUGUGUCUGUACAUAUGAGUAUAUAUAUAGGUAUCAUCAGCAGUGAAAGUUACUUUCUACUGCUACUUCCUGCAAUAAACGAGCCAAAAUACAGUCAGACCGAAAGACUACAAUCAGCAUGUGUACCAUUUAUACAAGAAGUGUUUAUUCCUGGGCUGGCCGCUUCUCAGAAACAAGCCAUGAUCUGGGAGAGGUGGUCUAUAACAGGCCACUGACAGUGGAUGAGGGGAUACGCAAUAGUCAGUUAUUGGUGUACUCCAUAGACCUUCUCAAGUCCAAAACAGGUCAAAACCGCCUGGAACAUCACACUGACCGUUACCAGAGCGAAAACCUCAUCAUCCGUCGAGGGCAGAGCUUUCAGAUAUGGAUAGAGCUCUCACGAGCUUUUGACCCCAGAGCAGACCAACUGCAGCUCCUGCUCAAACUCGGCGCUGUGCCCCGGGCAAAAGGGACCGUAGUGUCUGUUCCUCUAGUUACUGAGUUUCAGGGCAACAAGUGGGAGGCCAAGAUUAUCGAACAGAACAGCAAUAAGAUAAAACUGUCUGUCAUCUCCCCACCGAAUGCUCCUAUUGGUCGAUAUGAGCUCAGUGUGAUAACAAGAGACACCACUUUCAGUAACAAGCCUGAAAACGAUAUCUACCUGCUGUUUAACCCCUGGUGUAAAGAUGACACUGUGUUUAUGGAUAAUGAGGCUGAGAGGAAUGAGUAUGUGCUGAAUGAUGUGGGGAUUAUCUACUAUGGAAAUCAGAAUCAGAUUGGAGCCAGGACUUGGAAUUUUGGACAGUUUGCUGAUGGGAUUCUGGCAGCGUGUCUGUUCAUACUGGAGAAGAGUCAAGCCCCUGCUUCUGGUUGGGGAGACCCCAUUACCAUCACCAGACUUACGUCAGCCAUGGUCAACUCUCCUGAUGAUCAAGGUGUGCUAGCGGCCAACUGGUCAAAUAACUAUGCAGGCGGGACUGCCCCAACAGCAUGGAGCGGCAGUGUGAACAUCCUGAAGCAGUACCACAAAAGCGGAGGAUUGCCUGUCAAAUACGGGCAGUGCUGGGUCUUCUCGGGGGUCACCACCACGGUCCUCAGGUGUUUAGGCAUUCCCACUCGCAGUGUCACAAACUUCAGCUCUGCUCACGACACGGACAAUUCCUUGACCACUGAUGUGUAUUUUGAUGAGCAUAUGAGGCCAAUUGAGAAGCUCAAUGGUGAUUCUAUUUGGAAUUUUCAUGUGUGGAAUGACUGCUGGAUGGCCCGGCCUGAUCUGCCACCCGGCAUGGGCGGCUGGCAGGCUGUGGAUGCCACGCCUCAAGAGACGAGCCAGGGCAUCUUCUGCUGUGGCCCAGCACCCUUGGCAGCCAUCCGUGAAGGACUGGUUUACCUCAAAUAUGAUGCACCCUUUGUCUUUGCUGAGGUGAACAGUGACAGGAUCUUCUGGCAGAGACAAGCUAAUGGCAGCUUUGCUCAGAUCUCCUGUGAGAAGAGCACAGUGGGCCGCUACAUCAGCACCAAGGCAGUCGGUUCUGACCGCAGAGAGGACAUCACACACCUCUACAAACACCCAGAAGGAUCUGAAAGGGAGAGAACCGCUGUGGAAACUGCUUCCCGCUUUGGCUCCAAGCCUAAUACCUACAUCUGUGCUGUUGCCAAUGAUGUCACAUUAAACGUUGCCCUGAAAGGGGAGGAGCCUCAGAUAGGUCAAGAUGCUCAUCUAUCCAUCACUGUGAAGAACUGCAGUGCUGAGAGGCGCAGUAUCUUCCUCCACUGCCAGGUGGCGGUCAUAUACUAUACUGGAGUGCAAAAGGGCACAGUGAAGAAGGAUGACAUAUCAGUGAAUCUCAAACCCCGUGAAGCUGAGACACUGGUGUGGACCCUGCCUUAUGACCAGUACAAGAACCAGCUGGUGGACCAGGCAGCACUGAUGCUCACCGUGACUGGACGAGUCAGUGAGACAAAGCAGGUUCUGGCCACCCAGUUCAACUUCCGCCUGCGCACGCCUAACAUUGUCAUCACUCCUAUAGGAGAUGCUGUGGUGGGCAGAGAGACAGCAGUUAAAUUCACAUUUAAGAAUCCACUACAGUGUGUCCUGAAGAAUGCCGCUUUCCACAUCGAGGGUUUGGGCUUGAAGGCCACAGAAGUGAUCAUCUUUGGUGACGUUGGCAGUCUGGCGUCCAUCAGCUUGACUGUGAAAUUCACACCGUUCUUACCUGGUCUGCGGAAGCUUCUUGUCACUCUGGACUGUGAGCAGCUCAGACAGGUUCACGGUGUUGCUGACAUCUUCAUCAAGUAGAUGUGAAAACACACAUGAGCUUAAACUCAAAUAUACUGCGCAGUCUCUCAGCUGUUGCUAUGCUUAAGUGAAAAAUUAUGCAAAUGAUAUUUGGGGUCUGAUUACUGAUUACUAAUCACUGCUUACUGAUAACUAAAGUGUUGCUGCAUUUUAAAGCAAGGAAGCAUUAAAGUUAAAAAUUAAUUUUUUUCCCACUAAAUAUGGUUUUUACUAAAUGAUCAUGAUAAUGCAAAUAAAGCAUAAUAAAGAAAGGAA